CUCGGCUCGUAAUUUUACCAACUUACCCUUAGUUUCACCAAGGAAAGGCCACGUAUACCUCAGGAGAUAUUCGUAAUUUCGAUUUCAUCGCCGAUGAUGCAACGAAACAAAGGCCUUGGUUUGGUUCCGCUGCGAUCGAUCCCGUCCUCUCAUGGCAACCACGUUGCUUAGUUUCAGACGUUCGAGCUCUUUACGUACUCUUCGAAACGAUCUAAUCCUCCUCAAUCCCUCUGGUUUUUGAUUCUGAGGUGCACCUUCAAUUAAUUAUUUGAGAGCUGAAUAAUUGUAGCAUUUAUGUGCUACAGCUUAUCAUUACUCCACUGUGUAUUUUAGUUUUACAUAACACUUUCGAGAGCUGAGGGAAUGUCAGCACCUGGGAAGUUUGAUUAUUCUUCCGGUGCGCCUCUAUACAGAUCUAACUUUGCCGCACAGAUGGAAAGAUCAAGUAGCUUUCCUGAACGUCCUGUCCCAGCAUCUCAUCCAAACAUGUUGAGGGGCACUUCACCUCUAGCGCAAACCGAUGUAACAAAUUUCUUCCAGUGUUUGCGUUUUGAUCCUAAGGUGGUUGCCGCUGAUCACAAGUCUAUUCGUCAAGGUGACUUUAAGCGGCAUGUUAAUUUUGCUCUUGGAAUACAAGGAGACGAGACUGCAUUGAAAGGGAAGUUAAUUCCAGAAGAGAUCAAAAGACUAAAGGCUAGUCUGCGCGAAAACAAUGUCAAGGCCAGGGAGCGGGUAAAAAUUUUCAACGAAGCUUCUUCUGUAUUUAACAAGUUUUUCCCAAGUGUUCCUACAAAGAAGAGGUCUCGACCAGAAGGUUUUUCUGGUGAUCGCUUGGCAUCAGGAUCAGGGCUAAGCAAAAUGGGCAUUCAAGGUCAGAUCCUGGCUGGUGGUUUUGAGCUUGACCAGCAAAUGUUGGAUGAACGACCUAAAAGUGGUGUUCCAAAUAAGCGAACACGUACUUCCAUGAUGGAUGUUCGAAGCAAGUCUAUUGUUCGACAGUCAGCUGCUGCUGUAGACAGAGAUAAAGAAAUAAUGCGGAUGGCUAAUCAUAAUGCAGUUCAGGGUGAAGAACGAACUUCACUUGGUAUUGAUGGUUGGGAAAAGUCAAAGAUGAAGAAAAAACGCUCCUGUAUUAAAACGGACUGUCAUCCGAACCUGGCUUCAAGUAAAGUGGUUGAUGGUUAUCGAGACUUGAAGCAGAGCACUCAACAGAAGUCAAUGGGUGACUCCCGGACGAGAUUGAAUGGUGACUCGAACAUGUUAAGGCAAGUGGCUGGUAAUGGAGCUACUGAAUAUGGUAGAUCUGAUAACCUCUCUCAGCAGACAAGCUUGGCUGGGUAUUCACCACUGUCAAGGGGCGAUUCUGAUCAUAAUUAUUUGUACCUUGAGAAGAGAGAACGCUCCAUAGGUUCAGAUAAGGAAAGGGUGAAUCUAAGAGCUGUCAACAAGUCCAAUGUUCACGAUGAAUUCAAUUCCUCAAGUCUGGUUUCAAACACAAAACCAAAUGCUUCAGUUCACGGGCCUAGAACAGGAACAGGGCUACCUCCGAAACUGUCUCCAGGACUCCGUAACACUCCUCCGUCCCCAAGUGACUGGGAUAUCUCUGGCUGUACAAAUAAGCCUCCACCCGUGUCAGGGGUUACACAUCGGAAGCGUAUGACAUCUAAUCGGUCUUCGUCACCACCUAUCACUCAAUGGGCCAGUCAGAGACCGCAAAAGAUAUCCCGUACAGCAAGAAGGACGAGUUUAGUUCCCAUUGUUUCUAAUAAGGACGAGACCUACUUAGAUAAUAUAUCAGAUGCUGGUUGUAGUGACACUGGGUUUGAAUUCUAUAAACGCUCGCCAGCUGCUUCUCCUCAAUUGAAAAUAAGAGGUGAAAGCAGCUUCUCCACAGCAGCUUUGUCAGAGAGUGAAGAAUCUGGUCCCCCUGAGAUCAAGUCUAAAGACAAGGGGAAACAGUCUGAUGAGGUUGAUGGGAAAGCUGCACAUAAUAUUCCUAAAGUGUCUAUCCCUGCUUUACAAUCAAGAAAAGGUAACAAGCGUGCUUCUGGUGAAGAGAUUGGGGAUGGUGUGAGAAGGCAAGGAAGGACGGGCCGUGGCGGCUUUUCUUCCACAAGAUCUCUCAACCCAGUGGGAGUAGAGAAACUUAAGAAUGUUGGAACAACGAAACAGCUUCGCAGUGCAAGAACUAUAUUGGACAAGAGUGAAAGUAAGGUGGGCCGUCCACCCACUAGGAAACUAUCUGAUCGCAAGGCUUACAGUCGUCAGAGAGCUACGGCAACAAAUGCUUCACCACUAGAUUUUCAUGCCGGUUCAGAUGAUGGUCAUGAGGAGCUACAAGCGGCUGUUAACUCAGCCGUAAAUUUUGCUCAGAAUUUUCCCAACUCUUUCUGGAAGCAAAUGGACCGCUACUUUUGCUUUAUAUCCGACGAUCAUAUUAACUUUAUGAAGCACCAGGGAGAACUCUUCUCCAUGGGUCCUUCACCUGUGCUGACACCCCCUGACUUUGAUAGCCGUGAUUUAUAUCCUGAGGAACUUGCAACUCGCAGUGUCGAUUCUAAGGCUUCUCCACUAUACCAUAGAUUGCUAUCAGCUUUGAUUUCUGAGGACUCGAUGAGUGUUAAUGAAGAUCUCCAAGUUGAUGAGUUUGGGGCCAUGCAUGAUCUUGAUGACCACUCAGAAUUCAGUGUUCUGAUGAAUAAUGGGUUUACAAACCAUGAAUGGCUGGAACAUGAUGAAUCAGAGGAUGCAAUUCUGUUCAAGGGCGUUAAUAACUCAGCCUACCACUGCAAUGACAAAUUUUCAGAUCAUGCACCCAUUGACUUCUCAAACAUUCCUUAUGAUAAAUUGGGGAUAGAUGAAAAGAUUCAUCUGGAAGCUCAGUCUAUUGGACUAUCCUUAGAACCAAUGCCUAGUAUCUCAAACGUGGAGGAUGAAGGAAUCGUUGACGAAAUAAAAAAGUUGGAGGAGGCUAUCUGCAAGGAGGGUUCUAAGAAGAAAGAGAUGGUUGAUAGGCUAUUAAAGCCUGCCUUAGAGAUGAGAGAAACUCAAGAGAAGUAUGAAUUUUCCCUUACUCUGCGUUUUGUGCUCGCCUUUGUGAAUAUGGAUUAUGAUCUGUGCUUCUUUCCUUUACAUAGGGAGUUAGAUCAGCUUGGUUAUGAUAUACUCAUCGAGAUGGCAUAUGAGAAAAGCAAGGCAAGUCGGCGUCAUCACACCGUUGCUGGAAAAAACUCCGCUAACAAGAUAUCAAAGCAGGCUGCAUCGGCUUUUGUUAAAAGGACGCUUGAACGAUGCCGUCAAUUCGAAGAGACGGGCAAAAGCUGCUUCAGUGAGCCUGAAACUAAGGAUAUGUUCAUCGCCAGGUUGGCAACAGCUCCUGCGGACAAGGAGGAUAAUCCGUCGACUUCAACACCCAUUGGCUCACAGCCAAGCUCUACUUCGUUGGCACGCGUUGGGCAGAACUUGGAGAACUAUGCCAAUUGUUCUGAUGCUGAAAAUGCUUUACGAGAGCAAACGAUAGGGAGAGAAGAUACAGUUUGGUCCAAUAGGGUCAAGAAGAGAGAGUUACUUCUUGAUGAUGUUGGUAUUAUUGGGACACAAUUCUCAAGUAGUACAAAGGGAAAGAGAAGUGAGAGGGAGAGAGAUGGGAAAGGUCAGGCUUCAUCUAGAAGCGGGACCAAUAAGAUCGGUCGGCCUUCCCUGUCCAGUACCAAUGGUGAAAGAAAACAGAAAGCAAAGCCGAAGCAGGAGACAAAUCAGAUAUCUUCAUUUGUUAGGAUUCCGGAGCAACCCAAAGCACCAUUACCUAACUCAAAUGAAGCAAACGGUGAGUAUGAUAAUUUGGAGGCACUGGAGGAUACAGAGCCCAUUCUAGACUUUUCUCAGCUACAAAUACCAGAUGGCUUAGGAGGUCCAGAGUUUGAUGCACAACCAGAUGAUAUUAGCUCAUGGUUUAACACGGACGAGGAAGAAGAUAUCGAUAUCUUGGAGCUUGGAGUGCCAAUGGAUGAUCUUGCAGGGCUGAAUAUAAAGUUUUGAGGUUACAUCUCACUCUUACUCCAUCUAUAUCUGUAUAGUCUUGUUGGUUAUACUAGUUUACAACUAAAGAAAACCAUAAAGGUAGAAGAAAAGUUUUGCUUCCUUGAAUGAGAUUAGGUCAUAUAGAUUCUUCAUCUUCUUAGGGCUUCGUUUUCUUCUUCUUAUAACUCUGUUGUAGUGAUAUAUACAAAUAUAUAUAUGGUCUUUUUCUUCUUUGCUCUUUGGUUUUUCUGUUGUUUUCAUAACCUCAGGACCAUUUUACCUUCUCUGUACAUAAUACAUUUUGUGCUUCUUACUAAAAUUCAGUUUCUCUUUCCAUUAA